CCCGUGUGUGUCUGCCUAUCUCUUCUUAUCCGUAUCGCGGGGGCAUCUGCAUGUGUGGGUGGUGGAAGAUGGGUGGCAUCGGGAGGUUGGGUGUGGAGCCGAUCAUCCCCGCGGGGGGCGGCGGCCGCACCACCGCCCCCGAAGGGGCCCCUCCAGGUCCGGGUCCUCCCCCCAGCAUGCUCGUCGAAGUGUAGCUCACCUGAGACCUGACACAAAGGAAGGAAAACACCGAGAGAGGUACAUACCGGUGAGUGAUGAGCUGUGUCCCCGCUACUCCCCCCACCUGUUGCUUGCGACACCGCCCGCAGCACCACCCUCUGACAGACACAACAAAGGCAGCAGAGGAUACACACCCACCCACAUGUGUAUGUGUAUGUGUAUGUGUGUGUGUGAUCGAUCACAUCACAUGACGUACGUUGUCCCGAUGCUCCCCUUGACUGCGGUCCCUCCUUGAGAUUGGCGGUGGACACGGUCUGGAAUGGGUCCUGCUGCUGCUGCUGCUGCUGUGGGAGGCGGAGUCCCCCGCUGUGGGGGCUGUGGCGCACACUCAGAGCCUGCGCCGGGGGCAGGUUCUGACGGGCCGUCACGUCGCCGCGGUCAAAACGGCCCUUGAGCAAUGUCAACUGAUGGAGUGGACACACACACAGACAAACAGACAGACAGACAGACAGGUAGACAGACAGAUGAGCAGAGUCGGAUGUGUGUAUGUGUUGGGGUGUGUGGGGUCUGGUUGGUGGGGUGGGUUGCCUCGUUAGUUGCUCGAGCUAGGUUGGUGUGGAGACCCUCAACUUGAGCCUACAGGUCAAGGCAGAUAGAUAUGGGGAGGGGGUGUGUGUGUGUGUGUGUGUGCGGUGGUCAGUUGCCUGUAGGUGUUCCUGCAUCUGAAGUGAGCGCCGCUUAUGGCCCUCCAACACACCCAACCUGCACUCACGGACACGACAGCGACAGAAGGCAACAAACAUUAGCAGCAGGUGAAUGGGUGGGGGGGGGCCUCUCUGUCAUUCCUCUCUCUCUCACUUAGAUUCGAUCUUGUUGAUGAGCGACUGCAUGUGCUUCCGGUGGUCCGACACGUCAUCCUUCGCCUCCUGCACACACACACACACACACACACAUAAAGACAGUCUGUCGGGUUCUUUUCAUCAGAUCAAUGGAUGGACGGAUGGACGGAUGGAUGGAUGGCUGGUUUGGUCUCGGCACCCACCAAUAUGCCCGCGUCCGUGACCCGUUUGAGGUGUUCGAGCGCCACCUGCAGCUCGCCCACCUUAUCAGUCAUAUUGCCAACCUGCUCAACGAUGCUAGACAACUACACAUGACCCCCACACCCACACCCCCACACACGCACACACAGAGGGACAAGACACACGAGUGAACCCCAUUGCCAUCCAUCUCAUUGUAUGUGUGUGUGCCUGGAUGUGUGUGUGUGGGUUACUUUGUGGUCGAGUGCCUGUAGGUUUCUGUUAGCGGUUUGGUCCUUGGCGCGCAGUUCGCGGCGGAUGUCCUCCCCCUCGUGCCGCAGAUGCACCACCGACUGCUUCACGCUACCCAACUCACUCGACAACUGACACAAGACACAUCCAUAGAAACGUGUGUGCGCCUGUGGAGGGGAGGUGGCUUUUUGGUUGGUAGGCAGGCACCUUCUGCUGGUUGGUGAAUUCUCGUUGGUUGAGUGCCUGCAGUUCCUCAGCUACGUCCUGGAUGGCCUGCUUGGCCGUCGACACGUCCUCCUUCUCCUGAGCCUCCAAACGGUCCUUCUCCUGACCACCGACAAACACACAACACACCAACACAACACACACAUCACAAUGAGUCUCCCAUCCCAGCCCUCCUGCGAAGGGGUGUACAGUACACCAACCAUACAUACCUCUGCGAGUUGCAUGACUUUGUCCCUGAGGGUCUUGAGCUCCUGCUGCGUCUGGGUCAGAGUGCUCUGCAGGGUGUGCUGGCUGGAGGAGGCGGCCUUCUUGAGCUCCGACAGCGAUGUGGCGUGCGCCUGGAGCCCCUCGCGCAGCAUGCGAAUGUCACCCGCCACGUCUUCCGGCUGAGCCCCCAAAGGAGCACCGGGGUGCGACGCACGAACCUAGUAGGAUACAUACACAACAACACAACAACACAACACACACAACAGGACCAUUGAUCAGCCAUUACAUUACGGCGUUCAGCUCACGUUGAUGUUGGGCGCCCGCAAGCCGGUUCCUGAGGUGGAUCUGACGACCUGUGCAGGCGUGAAUGGCGGGAGUGCGAUGGAGCUGGGGGGGCCGCCGGGUGUGGGAGCGGGCGAGCCUCCCGGGCCCGGCUGCAGGCGAAGCUGGGUGGGAGGCAGCGCCACAGGGCGCCCCGGCAGACCGGGCGGCGGGAAGUACAU